AUGUCAGACCAGUACAAGCUAUAUGUUCCAAACGUGGACAAGUGGACCCGUUUCUACAAGCUGCAGGCACAAGGAGUUUGUGACGGUGGUCGAUAUGGUUUAGACUGCAACUACACGUGUCACUGCACUUCUGGUUGUGAUGAUGUCACAGGGUGUUCUGGGAACUGCGAAAAAGGAUGGUCUGGACCAACAUGCAACAUGAAUAAUUUAGCGUUGAACAAACCUGCCUCCCAGAGUUCUCACUAUAAAAAAGACAAAUCACCUCCAUCAAAUGGUGUUGACGGGGACAACACUCAAAAGACGUGUAUACUCACUGAUGUGUUUCAAAAUAACUCUUGGUGGGAAGUGGAUCUGGGAAAACAACAUUACAUACACAACGUGACUGUUCACUUCAGGACGGGGAAUUUCCGAUAUCGCAGGAAUGGUGUUCAUGUGUACAGUUCUUUAGCAGUGAACCAGACUAACACGGGUCAUCUGUGUGGUGCAGCCACGAUAAAUAGUCCGGGUGUAACACGUAUUACCUGUGACACCACGGCUCAGUACAUCACACUGUACCAGGGGACUAACAACACUCAUGGCGCUGGAACGGCAAUGGAUUUUUGUGAAGUUGAAGUAUUUAUUUGUGAUGCUGGUACGUUUGGAGACAAAUGCACUGAGUUCUGCCACUGUCAAGGUCAACCCUGUAACUAUACAUCUGGAGAAUGCAAGGGUGGAUGUAAACAAAAUUGGGCUGGAACGCAGUGUAAUGUUUGUGAUUCUGACCACUAUGGCUCUCUGUGCAGUGCUGGUUGCUCCAACAGACACUGUGAUCAGACUAACGGAAUAUCCAGGUGUGACAAAAUAACAGGGCGAUGUGAGACUGGGUGUGAAUCAGGCUGGACUGGACCAGAUUGUACAAAAAAAUGUUCAAAUGGUAGCUAUGGCAAAGAUUGUAACGGAUCCUGCAUAACCAGACAUUGUCUUGGAAACUCGCCAUGUGAUCACGUGACUGGGAAAUGUGUAUAUGGCUGUGAUCGGGGAUAUGCACUACUUGACUGCACUACGAACUGCCGUGGUGCCUAUGCCUUCAACUGUAAUAUGUCUUGUAGCUCUCGGAACUGUUACAACAUCUCCUCGGAAUGUGACCAGUUUUAUGGAAACUGCACAGGGAAAUGUUUGGAUGGUUUUGAAUUACCAGACUGUGCAACUGAAUGUCACGGUGAAACGUUUGGAUCUGGGUGUAAAUUAAGAUGCAAUGUACGACAUUGUGAUGGAGACAAUAAAACGUGUGAUGCUCAAAUCGGAAGAUGUCACCAUGGCUGUAAGCCAGGAUGGAAGAAAGAAAAUUGUAUUGAACCAUGUGACACUGGUCUGUAUGGCGCCGAUUGUUCGUCUGUCUGCACAAGAAGACACUGUCUGAAUAUAACUGCGAAAUGUGAUCACGUGACUGGUUCAUGUGGAGGAGUGUGUGAGGGAUCCUGGAAAGGAGAAGACUGUACAGUUUGUGAUGAUGGUACGUUUGGAGACAAAUGCACUGAGUUCUGCCACUGUCAAGGUCAACCCUGUAACUAUACAACUGGAGAAUGCAAGGGUGGAUGUAAACAAAAUUGGGCUGGAACGCAGUGUAAUGUUUGUGAUUCUGACCACUAUGGCUCACUGUGCAGUGCUGGUUGCUCAAACAGACACUGUGAUCAGACUAACGGAAUAUCCAGGUGUGACAAAAUAACAGGGCGAUGUGAUACUGGGUGUGAAUCAGGCUGGACUGGACCAGAUUGUACAAAGAUUUGUGGACAUUGUGAAUAUGCGCAUGUUUCUCUCGCACCCUACGACCCAACAAAUCCCAUACCCGCACAAUAG